AUGAUAUUGCCGAAGAGGAUACUGAAGGAAAUUGAUGUCAUUUGUAGAGCCUUUCUUUGGAGAGGAAUGAAUGAUCACGCAGGGCCUAGUCUUGUUGCUUGGCAUACCAUUUGUAAUUCUAAGACAAGUGGAGGAUUGGGUUUUAAGAGGGUUGUGGACUGGAAUAUUAUAACUAUAGGGAAAUAUAUAUGGGCAAUUGCUUCCAAAAAAGAUAAUUUGUGGGUUAAAUGGAUUCACAAUAUAUAUUUGAAGCAAUUGGAUUGGUGGGAAUAUAAAGCUCCUUCGGCUUGCAGCUGGUAUUGGAGGAAAAUGGUGGCUGUUAAGGAUCUUUUUAAAGCAAAAAUAGAUUUGGCAUCCUUUUCAGCGAUGAAAUUCGGUAUUAAAACAGGUCAUGACUUGUUGUUUGCUUCACCUCUCAAAGUGCAUUGGGCAAAGUUUGUUUGGGAGAGAUUUUCUAUACCAAAGCACAGGUUUAUACUUUGGUUAGUUAUGCUUCAGAGAUUGCGUACCAGAGUCUUCAUCCGCAAUUACAACUCAACUUUGGAUCCAUCUUGUCUAUUCUGUGGAGAACAUAAUGAAGAUGUUCAUCAUCUCUUUUUUCAGUGUAAAUAUAGCAAGCAAUGUCUAUUACAGGUGAAGAAAUGGCUGGGUUGGAAAGUAAAAGCAGAGGAUUAUGAGAACUUGCUGCAAUGGAUAUUCAAAACAAGAAGAUGGAGCAGAUUUCGAAAAAGUAUCUUGACAGCUGUUGUUGCUUCCUUGAUUUAUCACAUUUGGAGAAUGAGGAAUGACAUACUAUGGUCACAAAAGGUUUGGUCUACAACUCAUACGGUCCAAGCAAUACAAAGAGAUAUUAGUUUGCGGAUAUACACUAUAAUACCAAACAAGACAAAUCAUUUAGAUAGAGAUUGGUUUCAUGCUAUUUCUGGUGUCUCUUUUGAACUUGUUCCUAAGAUCUUUGGGAGAAGAUUUCAUCAAGUCUCACUUAGGGAGGAAGAUAACACUCGCUGUUCUUUAAAAGGAUUUCAAGAGACUCAACGUUUCAUCAAAACCGGAUUCGUAAAGAAGAGUAUAACAAGAUUGCAGCAAUUGUUUAUAAAAGAGUCUUACAUUGUUUAA